GUGUUGGGCACAUCCGUCCAUUCAGAAUCGAUGCUUGUGCCGACCAUGCGGCUGUGACAGCAUGGAGGCCUCGGUGCGGAAGUGGCUGCGCCAGCAACUGCUGGAUGCGGACGAGGCCAGCCGCACCUGGCGGCUCAGGGCCAUCCAGGCCGAGGCAGAACUCCGCGCCCUGCAGGUGGAUGUGCCCACUUCGCCCAAGCUGGGAGAGAGACCCGCCCAGGCACUUGACGAAGGUCCACAUGACAUGCAGGUGGUUUUGAGCCAAGUGCUGGGCCUUGAGAAGCACAUGGCGGAGCUGGAGCCCUGGCGUGCCAAGUUGCAGGAGGACACUCAGGCAGCUUUGGCAGAAGCUGAAAAGCUGCAGGCACAGCUUGACGAAAAGAGGGCGCUGCUUCCACAGGUGCAGGAGGAGGCAAAGACAGCAGGUUGUGCAGCCCAGGCGAUGCAGGAGGAGCGAGCCAAAGUUAAAGCCGCUAACGAGGAGAGAUGCCUUGAGAUCUCCCAGGAGAUUCAUGAGCUGCUGGUCAACGCAGGUGCUCGAAAAUCGGGCUCCGAGCUGCUGACAGAACAGCAGGGGGAAGCCGCGCUGCGGGACAUCCAAAGCUCGAUUGGCCAGCUGGAGGAGGAUGUGAAGGAGACUCGCCAGAAGAGAGAAGAGCUGCGCAUGCGUCUAGAGGAGCUGCGCACCAGGCAUUUGAACAAUAUCGACACGCGUGCACGCUGCAUCCGUGAUGUGGGGUCUGCGAGACAAGCACUGCAAGCUCGGCAGACGGCGCUCGCCAAGCUUCAAGGGGAGGUCUCGCGCAGCCGCGCCAAAGCCGACCGGAAGCGAAAACAGCUGGAGGGCCAGCUCCAGCAGCUCCAGCUGGAGCUCUCAGACGCCCUGAGCCGCUCCGAGGCAGCGGAGGAGUCGCUGCGCAAGGUGAAAAGUCAGCAUGCGCGGCAGCUCCGAACGGUGCGCACCCAGACAACGAGCCUGCAGGCUGAGGUAGACGCACACAUUGAGCAGAGCGAAGCAGCCGAGAAGGAGAUGCAGCAGCUGCAGCAGCAGGAGAUGGAACUGGGCAACAGCGAGCAACAGUUCCUGGAGCGAGAGGAAGAGCUGCGGAAUCAGGCUUUGGCUGCCCAGCAGCGUUUGCGCACGCUGGAGCAGCAGACUGAGAGCUUCGAGGAUAAGCGUCGUGCCCUGCUGGAAAAACUUCGGCCUUUGGAGGAGGAGUGGGAGCAAACGGAGCUGGAGAGCAAGGCCUGUCAAGACCUGGCAGAAGCCGACAGCUUGAAGGCAAUCGAAACUCAAUCUGCAGUCGAAUGCCACAAGGAAGAGAUCGCAGCGCAUCUCAAGGAGUAUGCAUCACAGGCUGAUGAGUUGGCGAUGCUCAAAGAUCUGGAGGUGCAGGUGUCCGAGGCCCGUAGGAGGAGGGACCAGAUCACGGCGGAGCGCGCUGGACUGGAAGACGCUUCGAAGAGCCUGGCGCAGUCGUUGGAGCAGCACCUGGCGGAGCUGAGGGAAGCGCAGCGGCGGUCUGUGCAGCUCAAGGCCACCCACGAUGACUUUGUGAAACAGCUGCCGCCUGCCAGCCUGCGCCAAGUGAACUUAACCACUGCCGCAGAGCAAGCAAUGGGCCGUGCUGGCCGGAAAGCGGACCAGCUCCAAGGAUAUUUGGAAGGCGGUCGACAGAGCCGCCGUUCAGGUGGAAGCAGCAAAGAUCCUGCUACUACCAACCCUGGGCUGCGAGAGAAGUUGAUGCAGGCUGCUGAGACCAUUGUCAAGGAAGAACUGCAGGAGUGCCGCCAAUCCCUGGUGGACUCCCAGCAGAAGCUGGUGGAAGAGUCGCAGAAACGAGGGCAAGAGAUCCUCACGCUGCGCUCACAGAGGCGUGAGCUUGAGGAGGAGCUUUCCAAGGUGGACGACAAGGUACACUUGGCAAGCACCCAGUCUUCAGGCUUGCUCGAAGAUCUGCGACGUCACAUGAAGGAGUUGGAGGAGGCAGCAGCAAAAGAUGAGGCCAACGUCGCCGCAGAGUUCUCCGACUUGAAGCAGCGACAAGCCCUGGAGCGGAAUUCGCUGGUCGCCCAGGUUGACGAGCUGCAAAAGGCUCACGCAGAGGAGGCAACAGCCAGGGAGCUCGCAGUCGCUGCUGCCCUGGAUAAAGAGCAGGCCAGAAAACGUUUAGUGGAAGUGGAAGCCGAAAUACAAGAGCUUCGAGCAGAAGAGGAAGAGCUCGUUGAAGCGCACGUCGCCUUGAAAGCCACGCUGCUGACCGUUCAGCGACGAGCGCGCAGCACCCCACGCAGGGACUCUCGAGGUGAACGAUUUUCCAUUGGGCGAACUCGGCCAUCAUCAGUACCCGCAUGCUCUAGCGCAUCCUCCUUAAAGGCCACUCCAAGAACAGAGACUUCGCCAAACACAGUAGAGGAGGGACCACCUUCGCAGAGCGCACCUCCAUCUCGGCCUGCCCAGGUGAUUCAACCUCGUCCACUACCACUGGGACCCGCGAUAGCCACGGUGCAUACGCCGCAAGGAGCCUCUCCUCGGGCGUUCUUUGGAGCCAAAUUACAUGGUGAGCUGCAGCAACACUUGCUUCAUGUCGGCGGUCAACUUCUGAUGCCGGACGGGAGUCCAGCAUACGUUGCCUCGCCUGAUUCAUCCCCGCGUAUGGUACGGGGCAGUACUUCCUUGGCAUCAGCAUCCUCGCUGCCGCUUCUCAUGCCAGUGGCCAAAGCAGCCACACCAGCUGCAAUGACUGUCCCAAGGCACCUCACAGUGGACUCCUUGGUCUACACUUGGCCAAGACGGCUUCCUUCACCUUAUGUGUCAUUGGAUCGCCUCGACUUGCGCAACCUCGUUUCUACAGGCUGAUGCAUAGCUUGGUGGCCAGCUGAGCAAUUUAUGUUUCCGCUUAUUUUGUUUUGGAGUGAAGCGCGUCACGACGACCAC